UGACGUCAUUUGUAAGUGAUUGCUGAGGUAGCUAAAACUUCCACUACACCACCGGCUCGUCUGGCGCGGUUUAAACGCCGGUAGUCACAGAAAUAAGGGUUUGUAACCCGAAUUCAUGAUGUCUUGGGUAAAAGCUGCUUCGUUCAGCGGUGAAGAUGUAUUCGACGAGAAUGCGGAUGAUCUUAAUUUACAAAGUAAAGAGUGGACAUCCAACAUGAAGAAACGUAUCAAGGAUGGUUAUAGGGACGGAGGUAGUGCCGGAGAGGAGGCCUCGCUUCAGGUGGGGUUUAACCAGGGCUUCAGAGAAGGAGCAGCUCAAACUGUGGCUGUGGGUCGCCUCAGAGGGAUUGUGAGUGCAGUAUGGUGCGGCUGCCUGAUCCAGCAUCCAGAAAAGCCUGUCCCGUCCUGUGUGAUUGACCUCCUGCAACAAGUAACACGGCAUGAAGAAGGAAUCAUUGACGGCAUCAGGAAAGCUCUGGAGAACCCUCCUCCUAGCGUGAGUGACGUCUCGGAGAGCAUGGAGGAUCUGGACUGCAGCGGAGCCGGUUGUGAAGAGACGGACUGCUGCAGGAGCGAACAGAAAAUGGACCUGGACAGUUCUCACCAGCAGAAUCUCUGCUCUGAGCCCAGUGGAGCCUCCUCCGGGUCAUGUGAAGGUUUAGACCUCCUUGUGCAACGCUGCAUGGAUCUCGUUUCAGAGCUGGGUCUGCCACAAGAACUGAUCAGUCACUUAGAGGAGCUGAAGAACAUGUGACAAUCAAUAUGACGGACAAUACAAACUGCUGUAAUCUAGAGACUUUUAUACACAAAACUAUAAUAAAUUUGAUGUGCAUAUUGUAAUUUGUAUUUGCAGUUUUUCUAAGAUAUUUUAGAAAUGUUUUAUUAUUCAUUUUAGAAAAUAAAGAAGCAUUGUUUACCACA